AUGUGAUUUGUUUUAGUUUGCCGUCAGACUUCAGCGUGACAUAUGGUCUUGUGAAUAACCUAUAAAACAUUUAAAUAUGCCUAACGAAGACGGGUCCGAAAAUAACGGUCAAGCACACGAUAUUAUUUCGAAUGGUACCGUGAAUAAUGUUAGUACGAAAAUCGAAGCGAAAGUAAAGAAAGCGCGCAGUUUUGUCGAGUUAUCGUUAUUAGACACGGCUAAUUCUGUUAAAACUCUCGGUCGUAAUGAAAGACGUGUCUUGGUUUUGUACACCGGUGGAACAAUUGGUAUGGUGAAAAACAAGGAUGGGGUUCUGAUACCGCAGAAAAAUGCUUUUGAAAACCUCAUUAGGGGCUAUCCUCAGCUACAUGACAACAUGUUCUGGAGACACAGGUUGAGUGAAGCUGACUUUGACACAUCAUUUCUUGUAUUGCCAGAAGCCAAAGAAUUAGAUAUGAGAAUAUGUUAUAAGAUAUUAGAGUAUGAAAAUCUAUUGGAUUCUUCAAAUAUGACAGAAGUGGAGUGGAUAAAAAUUGCAGAAGAUAUUAUGAAAUAUUACGAACAAUACGAUGGCUUUGUUGUAUUACACGGUACCGACACGUUGUCUUACACGGCAUCGGCUUUGUCGUUCAUGUUUGAGAAUAUUGGGAAAGCUAUCGUAUUUACUGGAUCGCAGAUACCAAUAUUUGAACCGAGAAGCGAUGGCGCUGAUAAUUUCGUGUCAUCGUUGUUAAUAGCGGGCGGGCUCAACAUCCCCGAAGUGACCAUCUUUUUUGGGAGCAAAUUGUUUAGAGGGAACAGAACUAGGAAGAUAUCCGUUAAUAACUUCUAUGCGUUCGAUUCACCGAACUGCGUGCCCCUCGUCGACGUCGGUAUAGACUUCGAGGUGAACAAGAAGGCGAUAUUCAAGCCGACGGUGAUAAAACGAUGUCACUUACACGCGAAAAUGUCGAAGAAUGUAGGUUUAUUGAGAAUAUUUCCAAGUAUCAGCUCGUCUGUGAUCAGAGCCUUUUGUCAGCCACCUAUUGAGGGCGUGGUCUUAGAAAGUUACGGAGCUGGUAACAUACCAUCGAAUAGAGAAGACGUUUUCAAGGAGAUAUCAGCGGCCGUGAAAAGAGGCGUUAUUGUUGUCAAUAUAACUCAGUGUACUAAGGGCAGUGUGGUUGCACCGUUGUAUGAGACUGGAAGGCUAAUAGCCGAAUGCGGGGUGGUAUCAGGCUACGAUAUGACACCCGAGGCCGCUCUCACUAAACUGUCUUAUGUCCUGUCAAAGGCUGAACUCACGUACCAGCAGAAGAUUGAGAUGAUGGUGACGAAUAUAAGAGGGGAAUUAACGAAUACAUCUUCAAUUGCCAUUGAGGAUAAUACUCUGAUAGAUGCGUUGGCUUCAAGUUUGAACAUCCAGUCGCCGAAGAAGUUAAUAGAAGUGACGGAGAAAGUGUUCAGCUCGCUGCUCCUCUACGCGAUAGAACAUGACGACGCGAGAGCCGUGAUGAAAAUGUUGGACAUGGGCGCGGAUGUAAACGCUCAGAACGCAGAAGGCAGAACGGUUCUCCACGAAGCAAUAUUAAAAGGAAAUAUCCCGAUUAUAGAGUAUUUAUUGAAAAAUGGAGCCAAUGUGCACUUGAAGACGAGAUGCGGUGAAACUCCUCUACUAACAGCAAUACAUAAAGACAAUCACACGGUUAUAACACUACUCAAACAAUGCGGCGCCCAUUUAGCAUCCGUGGACAGUAAACCCGUCGCUGAGAUGUUGUCUCUGGCAGCCAGGAGUGGAGUUGUCAACAAGCUGGAGACUCUGAGGAUAGCUGGAGCAGAUCUGAAUGCUAUGGACGAGAUUAGGCAAACUCCUUUACACAAGGCUGUUCUUUGUAACAAUCCCGAGGUUGUCAAAUUCUUGCUACACCACGAUGUCAAGAGAGACCUUCCUGAUGUCCUGGGAUUCACGCCCUUAGACUGCGCCAUUAAGCUGAACUACGAGAGCAUUGCCGACAUGUUGAAACAAUAAUAAAUUAUGAUAGUUGUUUAUUUAAUAUUAAAUUAUAAUAUUGACUAAAUGAUUGUUUGUAUAUGAUACGCAGGACGUAAAUAAAACUUAAGUAUUUAUUAUAUUUUUGUGUUCUUUAUAAUAAAGAAAUC